CGCGGGUCAGCACUUCAUGCAGCUUCGGGAAAUCGAUAAAGAACGCGAAUGGGAGCCUUUCCUUCUUGACCUUGAACAGCUGCCGUCCUCGCAUCAAUGGCAUACAAUUUCGAAUCUCGACUGCCCAGGAGACGUAAAAAACUUUAUAUGAUGUCAUCUAGAAUAAUUUAUAAUUUUAUGCGGAGGACAAUAUGUGAAAAUAAACGAAUAGUUCAUAUAUUAAAAGACUCAUCGAAAUUUUAUUCUCAACGUUAUAAUUUGUUUGUAAAUCAUUCGUAUUUGGAACGAAAUCGGAACCUCGUAAUAUUUAAAAGAUUUAAAAGCAGAAAACAAGCUUCGGAACAUGAAGAUAGCGAUGAAGAUGAAGACGAAUCGUUAGAAGUAGCUGAUUACUUACAAACAAAAAAUUCAAAACUAAUUAAAGCUACAGUACCUUCCCUCCGUUUAGAUGCUAUUGCUAAAGUAGGAUUUGGACUAUCUCGCACUAAGAUAGAAGAAGCAUUUUAUAAUAGCAAUAUUCGAGUCAAUGGAGAAAAAUGUUUAAAAAAAAGUGUACUGGUAAAGGUUGAGGAUGAAAUUGAUUUAAUCACUGGCAGAAGUCCUAAUAAUUCUAAUUUCUUGAUCAUACAUCGUUGUAUUGUAUUAUCAUUCAAAUCAACUUCAAAUGGUAUUAUCGCAAAAUUGCUUAGAAAUAAGUCUUUAUUAAUUGAGGAUUAUGCUAAUCCAUGGAAUGGUGUGAUCAAUUAAUGCUGGAAGAAACUAUUA